UGUGAAUUUCUGUCUUGUGCUUUCUUUGGAAAUGGGAUACAAGUGAGUCAUGUGACAUAUGUGGUUUCUCUCAUUGCUGUUUUGUAUAACAAACUAGAAGACGGUGGUGUGGGCAAUAUGAGACUAAUCAUCCUUUUGGGCCUUCUGUUUGGUGUUCUCUACUCUCUUCACAUAUUAGUCAAAGAUUUCCAAUCUUUAACGUCAGGCGGCAAAUUUUUGAAGUUUUUGUUCAAACGAGACGUUAGCUCACAGAGCCAUAAUUUGAAAUAUCACGUUCGCUGGAGGAAGAUUUUGCUAUACGAUGCAACACAAUGCGCCCGUUAUUUCUACUGCAGCCUGGGGUCAGAACCAGCAGACAACGAACUAAGAGGAUUUACGUUUAUGUUAACCUUAGAACCUCGAGAAGAAGACAAAACAUCAUUGGAAAUAAUAAAAGCAGCACAUGAAAUGGGGAAUAUCUCCGGUCAAGAGGCAUGCAGACAUAAUUACCCGUAUUGUCCUUUUAAAAAACACAUGUUAUUUGAACUUAUGAAAUAUUUGAUAAGUCAUGAAAAGUGA